AACGAUUCCACGUCGCCAUUAAAAAAUUUGUUUUGAUUUUUUUCUGAAAGAAAGUCGUGUAUUAGUUGGCAAAUUUUGCCGACAACAGGAUGUCUUGGCUGACAGGUAUAGCUGGAAAGGCAGAAGAACUAUUAAAUAAAGUUGACCAGUCAGCUGCAACUGCUUUGAACCAUUCAGAAGUAAAUGGACAAAAUACUCUCUCUGAAUCAAGAUUUUCGUCAGAGAGUUUCCAAUCAUCUAGCUCUAUAACCAGCUCAGCUAGUGUGCCAUCAAAUCUAAGCAAUCUGAACAAAGAACAGAAAUAUUUAUCCCAGUUGAACAAAACAGCUUCAUCAAAUAAGCCACAGACUUCUACAACAUGGAACAAUGUUUCGACUACAAAAUCAACUUCAUCUACUUCUGUAAAGAAAAAGGAUAAUGAUGAUGAGCUAUUCGAGUUCUUGAAUAGUAAAGACACUACUGAUGGUGGAAAUGGGAAGAAGAAGGACAGAGUUAAUUCAAUUAAACCUACCAGUAUGAUCACUGGCAAACAUUCUAGGCAGUCCAGUACAUCGUCAACCACAUCAACUAAGAGUGGCAAAUCUGCAGGAAUGACUGCAAAUGCUAACACAGACUCACCAGAGGAAGAACCAAAUGUUGAUUCAAUGCAUACAAAUGAAGUAUACGACUUGUCGCCAGACUUGAAUGACUCUUCAAGUGACUACCACAGUUCCCAAGAGGAGGGUCUGCAGGCCCAGCAGCAAUUGUCCUCCCUUGAACUGGAGAAUAAGCUCUUGAAGAGUGAAGUUGCAUCAUUGAACCAGGAGAUGUCAUCUGUCAUUGAUAGAGUCAAGAUGACAAACAAAGAAGUGGAAAAGCAUAAAAGAAAAACAGAAAUGCUGAACCAACAAUUAUCAAGGAGUGAUCAGAUCAUCCGUGAACUGCAGUCCCGGGAGAGUGACCUUACAGAGAGUCUAGGGGCCAAGGACUCACAACUGGCUGUACUUAGGGUGCGCUACGAGGAGGCUGAUAAAGAGCUAAAAGGAAAAACAAAUCUCAUGAAAGGCCUUGAAAAUGAACGAGAGAGAAUAUUACAAGACCACUCAGAUUCCUCUGGUCUACACAGCCAGGCAUUGGAUGGCCUCAAAGAAAAAUAUAUUGAUCUGGAAGCCAAGUUGAGACUAGAGCAAGAAGCUACCAAAGCUAUAAAGGAGGAAUCCAUGCAGAGACAGAGCCAGCUUGAGAUGGAGAAACAAAACCUGGCAGAAUCUCUAACAUCGGCUCAGAGAAAACUCACAGAAGAGAAAACUCGUUACCAAGAGAUAACCAACCAAUCAAAGUCAUUAAAAUCUCAGUCAGAGUCUGCCAGACAGGAACUUGUUGAAUAUAAGGAAAAGGCAGCCAGGAUUUUACAGUCGAAAGAUAAAUUGAUAGCGAGUUUGAAAGAUGGAACAGCAAUGUCAGGGGCUGAGAGUGGUGUGUCAAGUAUGGAGCUGGAUCAAAUGAGGCAAGAGAGAGAUAUGUUACGUGAAGAAAUACAACAGAGUAGGAUGACCAUAGAAAACCUGCGUACUGAACUACAGGAUUUAGAAAUACAGCUACAGACGGAUGCUGAAGCUUCAAAAGACCAAAUAAGUGAAUUACGGGACCAGUUUGAGUCUGAGACCAGACGUCGGGAGGAUGCAGAACAGGAGGUUUCAAGGCAUAAACAGGAGCUAAAAUAUGCACAUGAGAACUUUAUAAACCAGAAGUCUUCACUGCAAGCCAGACUAAACGACAGAGAAAAAGAUAUUGAAAAACUUAGAACUCAGUUAACCACUAAGAGCAUGAGUAGUACAUCCCAGACUGAGCUAGAGGGAAGACUGCAUGCAUUAACAGAGAGUCUCAUUCAGAAGCAAACUAUGCUAGAGGCCCUCAGCACAGAGAAGAACUCACUGGUGCUACAGUUGGAGAGAAUGGAGAAGCAAUAUAGAGAGUCUGAGAUGGCUGCUGUGAGGGCCAGUGCUACAGCUAUACAUGUUACAGAGGAAGAUGAAGUGCGCCAAAGAAUGCCAUCAUUUAUGAGAGAGAGUCCACAGGAUACCAGGGUCACCCGAAACCUAAAGACUGCUGCAAACUCUAUAGAUCGCUUUAGUGUUCGCCUGGGGAUAUUCCUAAGACGCUACCCCAUAGCUCGUGUGUUUGUCAUUCUUUAUAUGAUGUUGCUUCAUCUUUGGGUGAUGGUUGUUCUACUGACCUACCAACCAGAGAUCCACAGUGGAGACUUUCACAACUCAAUGCCUAAACCACCCCAAGUUGAUCCAAAGUAAAUUGCCAUUGAUGGUCCACACUAAACCACACCUGAGGUCACAUAGAGAGCGCCAACCACCAUAUCGCAUGACUAGAAAUGAAUUCCCAGUGGGCAGACAAUGGACAACUGUGGAAUAUCAAUCAGUUCUUCAUUUCUAUUAAGAGAAAAAUAUCGAGGAUAACCUAAAUUUUGGUGCUGGAAAAACAUCUCAAAUUCAGAAAUUCAAGUUGAAAAUGGGAAGUUCAACAUGUCCUUGCUCUUCACAAAAUGCUCUACAUUCUAAAUAGUGGGACACGUUGGUAUGUUCAACCCAACACAACCAUAUAUUAAAUAUGUACAUCUGGUCUUAGAUUCCAGUUAUAC